AUGGAGGAACCGCUCGAUUUCAAAGCUCUGCAGGACAAGAUCCAAGCAGCGCUCGUCGCAACCACCCGCAAGGUCAACUUGAUCGCGACCCAGGACAUUGCAUUUCGCCGUAGUGUCGAUCCGGAAGCCGGAGAGCUAUUGGACGAACAGCGUGAGAAGCUCCUCAGUCUGGCAUCAUCACUCGUUAACACGGCCACGAGCUUGGGAGGCGGCAAGAGCUCGAAGCCCAAGAGAGCUUUGGAGCUGGAAGACGCGGAAGAAGUUGAUGACAACUGGCAGGCCAUUGUCGACUCGCUAGAUAUCGCCCUCGAAAAGGCCGAUACCUGCAUUGAUGAGUACACAGGGCUUGUGAAGAGGAAGGAUGCGCCGACUGCAGACAUGGGCCCAACCGCCAAAAAAUCGAAACCGGGUAUCCUUGAUAGAUCCUUACGCUACGCAAAUAUAAUCAAGCCCCAAAAGACAUUCGAGGUUGCGCCCAACAACCAUGACAAAGGCCCUUGGAAGCCGCUUUUGACCAAGAAGCCCCAUGCCAUGGUCCCCCUUGACAAGAGCUUGGCCACCUUCGAUAACGAGGAUUCAGAGACACAGUACGACUACCUUCUUCACCUAUCCUUGCUUGUGCCACCGCUCUCGGGAGAAGAGCGCGCAAAUCCCGCCAAGCGAAGGGUCUAUAAUCAAAAGAUACGAAAGUUGCGGUACAAGGGUGACACUCGAGGUACUAAUGGCGUUUUCAGGUACAAACAUCCAUACGAGACAGAAAUACUGCAAUCGAGACACCCAGAAAGCGUAUACCAGAAGCGCGAUCCCAUACCGUACACGCCCAUCGCUAAAUCCUCGCCGACCUAUGUCGACACCUAUGAAGGUGUGCUGGAGAUGCUGGAGGAGCUCAAGCAGGCCAAGGAAAUCGCAGUUGAUCUUGAGCAUCACGACUUCAGAACCUACCACGGGCUGCUCUCGCUGAUGCAGAUUAGCACUAGAGAGAAGGACUGGAUUGUCGAUACUCUGAAGCCAUGGAGGCAACAACUGGAGAUUCUGAACGAAGUGUUUGCUGACCCGAGCAUCGUCAAGGUGUUCCACGGCGCCUUCAUGGACAUUGUGUGGCUUCAGAGGGAUCUGGGGCUUUACGUCGUCUCACUCUUCGAUACUUUCCACGCGGCUGAGGCGCUUAUGUAUCCUAGCAAGAGCCUUGCGUAUCUCCUCAAAAAGUUUGUCGACUUCGAGGCGGACAAGCGGUAUCAGACUGCCGAUUGGCGAAUCAGGCCAUUACCAGAGGAGAUGCUUUACUAUGCGCGCUCGGAUACGCAUUACCUGCUGUAUGUGUAUGACAUGAUGAGGAAUGAGCUCCUGAGGCAAUCCGUCAGUGGCGAUCCUCACGGGGACCUACUCGAGAGGACGCUUCAGAGGUCGAAGGAAACGGCUCUCCAGCGUUACGAGGCAUACACGAUCGACGGAGAAACAGGUCGGGGCUCGCGCGGCUGGUUCAAUCUGAUUCAUCGAUUGCCCAACACUUUCAGCAGAGAGCAGUUUUCCGUUUACCGGGCACUGCACAAGUGGCGUGACGAUGUGGCCCGGCGCGAGGACGAAAGCCCUAUGUUUUUGAUGUCAAACCAGUUACUCGUGGACAUCGCACGGGCUAUGCCAGAGACGGCUGCCGAUCUACGAAACCUCUUCACAAACGUGGGCCCGCCGGUGAGGAACGCCGUGAACGAGCUUGUAGAUCUGAUACGGGAUUCUCGACAAAAGGGGGCGACUGGCCCAACGCUUUUGGAGGUAAUCAAGGCCGAUAGUACGAAUGCUGCAUUUUCCAACAUGACGUUAGCGGACGCAUACAGAAGUGCGAAGACGACAACUGCAGGCCAGGCUGAUGAUGACAUACCGGAAGCCGUAGAGGUUGCAGGUUCACGGUCACAGUUAUGGGGCAAUCUUCCAAUGAGCACCUUGUGGGAGAAGGUAUCUAACAAGGUAGCUUCAUCGGCCAGAGGAGUUGAAGAUCAUAUUGCUGUGCCCUGGAGCUCGUUUGUUGCCAACGCCCAGAUCACUGAAGAUGAUGGCACGGGUGCUUUGGGCCAGGUGGAGGUGGAUGAGAUGGAUGUUGAUGAAGACGGAGGCGCUCCGGUCAAGCUGGAAGCCGAGACAAGCGCCAAAGUAAAAGAUGAAGAGUUUACGCUGCGCUCUGGACGUUCAGAUGGAGCAGGGAGGGCACAGGAGGACGACGAUUCGUCGGCCAGCUCGUCGGAUGAGGACUCUGAAGAGAAACAGCGCCUCAAGGCUGAGAAGCAACAGCGAAAGGAAGAGCGACGUGCACUGAAGAAGAAGCUCAAGGAAGAGAAGGCUGCAAAGAAGGCCGAGGAAAGGGCUGCCAGGAGAGCAGAGAAGAAAGCGUUGAAAGCGGCUGCCAAAGCGGAAGAAGCGGAGGAAGAUGACAGCGAAGAGAGUGACGACGAGCAGCCAUUUGACUACAGCAAAGCACAAUCAGUCAUGCGUAGCAAGCGGGAUCAUGGAGCUGACAAGAAGGGCAGCGGUGGUGCCAAGGUUUUCGAUCCAUAUACCAGCAAGACGACUGCGCAAGGGCCCAAGCCGGCAAGGAAAAUGAAUUUUGAGAAACCCGGAAAGACUGCGACGUUCAAGAAGUAG